AUGGUAAACAACACCCCUCAUCCUUCUCUGUGUGUCGCUACGACGGACUUCGAAAAGGUCGCAAAGGAUGUUCUCUCGGAAAAGUCAUGGGUAUAUGCAUCAAGCUCAGCGGCUACGGGUCUCUCAAUGAAAUCCAAUCUGGAAGAUUGGUCUCUGAUCAACUUUCGCCCCCGGAUCUUGAGAAAAGUCGACAAAAUGGACACCAGAAGGUCCAUUUUGGGACACACCUCGCAAUUCCCAUUCUUCGUCUCUGCAAUGGGUACCCUGGGUAGCUCACACCCAGGUGCUGAGCCUUUGCUUGUACGGGGAGCAACCCGUAAAGGAAUGCAUACUAUGAUCAGCACGGCAUCUACAAAGCCCUUGGAAGAAAUCAUGGACGCCUACCGAGACGAACAAAAGCUACUUAACAACCAAAGCCCCUCCAACUUGUCAUUCCAGCUUUAUGUACCUGAAGAUCGGACAAGAGCCAAGUCUCUCAUUCAAAGAGUCAAGGCUGCCGGGUACCAAAGUCUGUGGGUCACGGUUGACACUUCAACACUUGGCAAACGUACUGCAGAUCGUUACCUCCAGGCACAGGAAAACCUCGAUGCAAGCCAGACAGGAAAUGCGAGAGAAAGCCAUGACGAAAACGACUUCGCACCAGCAUUUGGAGGUCGCCAGGUUCCUGGUUCGGUAGAUGCUGGACUUACUUGGGAGGAUCUGGACUGGAUCGCCAAAGAGUGGAAUGGGCCCCUCGUUCUCAAAGGAAUCCAAAGUGUUGAGGAUGUGAAACUGGCUGUUCAACAUGGUGUACAGGGUAUUCUUCUGAGCAACCAUGGCGGCAGACAGAUCCAUUCUGCCCCAAGUUCAUUGACAACGCUCCUGGAAAUCCGCAAGUACUACCCCGAAGCUUUCGAUAAGAUCCAGGUAUUUGUUGAUGGAGGUCUUCGCGAUGGAGCCGAUGUCCUGAAGGCAUUGUGUCUUGGAGCCACUGCCGUGGGAGUUGGCCGGCCCUUUUACUAUGCUCUUGCAGCAUACGGUGCGGAAGGAGUGGAAAGGUGUACAGACAUCCUCGCCGAAGAAGUUGAGAUUACCAUGAAGAUGCUUGGAGUUUCUUCCCUGGAUCAACUCCGACCAGAAAUGGUCAACACGAGUCGAUUAGAGAAUGAAAUGUGGCGACCGACAUUUGAAAAAGCCAAGUUGUGA